AUGGCUAAACAUGAAAAAUCAAAACCUGGGUGUUUCUCUGGAUUCUUACACGUGCUUCUUUGUGCAGGAAAUGGAACUAGUCCUCCUGUGCAUCCAUCUGAUAAUGUUACAGAAUUAGAUGAAACAGAAGUGUUGCAUUCUAACAAAGAUGCAAUUGUUGAUGAUAAUGUUGCUACCCCUGGACUAGUGGCAAGGCUAAUGGGGUUGGAUUCACUUCCAAAUAACAAAAGGGUAUUGAAAGGAGCAACCCCUGAUUCUGUUCCACGAAGUAGAUCAGUGAACUUUGUGGAUUACUUGCUUGAGUUUGAUCUAGGACAAACCAACCAUCGCCGAGUGAAAACCUCAGCAUCGUUUAGAGAGGUUCCUUCAUUGGUUCAGAGGCAAAAGAGUGAUCUUUCUGUGCUUUAUUAUGAUGAUAAUGCGUGUAAGGAUCAAGAAGCUCGAACUAACUUGAGGAAAUGGGAAAUGGGUUUGGGAGAAUUGAAGCAGAGGAAGAAGCAGGGGAGUAAGAACAAGGAGAUUGUAAGAGAGAGGGUGAGUAUGAAGAAGGAGAGGGAUCAAGGGAAGAACAAGAAAAUUUCCAAGUUGAAAAAUGAACCAAGAAGGGUCCCUUCUUCUAAGCAUGGUUCUAAGGUUCGAAAUCAUGGUGAAGGUAAAGAUUUGUCCAAUGUGUCCACAAACUCCAAGAGUUGUAAUUGUAGUUACAGAUAUAGUAGUGCUGCUUCAAGCUCAAGCUCAAGCUCUUCAUUGCUAAAUAGGCACAAGAAAGGGUUUGUUGAACCGAAAAUCAGGAACAACAUAAGAAACCAGCGGUCACCAAAGAAGAUAGAAACUGAAUCCAGCUCGGAAAAUCUCAGUCCAGUUUCAGUUCUAGAUAUCAAUGACUAUCCUUUCCUAUAUGGAACUGAUUUUCUAGAUGGUACAAGCGGCGAAGUGUCAAAGUCAAAGCACAAAUCUUCAUUGCUACAGUAUUUGGGUGAUGGUGUUGAAGAAAAAGCAGACAAUAAUAAAGGUUAUGCUUCCUACACUGACGCCAACAGGGAAGCAGAGAUUUACUCUGAAUUAAUGCUGAAGCUUCGUACUUUGACAGAAAAGGAUAUAAGAGAAUCAGAUUGCACUCCAAAUCAGAUGUUUAGCAACUCAAACUUGGGUGGAUUUGGUUUGGCUAUUCGUUCUUUUUGGUUUUUGGUCAACAAGACUAUUCCUCUGAGUUAA